AUGUUCUCACGAGUCACUCCCGAGCGCUCCUGCGUAAUUUUCUUAGGGCUUCUUGCCACGGGCUGCCUUGUCACUGCCGGGCCCUGCGACCUCUACGCCUCUGGUGACACACCCUGUAUUGCGGCUCAUAGUACCACUAGAGCCCUGUAUAGUGAUUUUGACGACGCACUUUACCAGAUUCAGCGUGACUCCGAUGAUACUACUACUACAAUAACGCCAGUAUCAGCCGGUGGUAUCGCAGAUUCUUCUAUUCAAGACACUUUUUGUGCCAAUACGACCUGUGUUAUCUCAAUAAUCUACGACCAGUCCGGCAAUGGUAAUCACCUCACCCAGGCCCCUCCAGGUGGAUUUGAUGGCCCAGAAUCCAAUGAUUAUGACAACCUUGCCAGUGCAAUUGGCGCGCCUGUGAAUUUAAAUGGCAACAAGGUGUAUGGUGUCUUUGUCUCGCCUGGAACCGGCUACCGUAACAACGACGUCAGCGGCUCAGCUACGGGCGACGAGCCCGAGGGAAUGUAUGCAGUUCUUGACGGAACUCAUUACAAUGAUGCCUGUUGCUUUGACUAUGGGAAUGCGGAGACCAGUAGUACUGAUACAGGUGAUGCUCAUAUGGAAGCCAUCUACUAUGGCGACAGCACCAGCUGGGGAUAUGGUGCCGGCGACGGCCCAUGGAUCAUGGCAGAUCUCGAAAAUGGUCUAUUCUCUGGCAAAAGCGCUACCUCCAACACUGCUGACCCAUCGAUCUCUUAUCGAUUUGUCACUGCGAUCGUCAAAGGUACGGCUGACAAGUGGGCAAUCCGCGGCGCCAACGCUGCAUCUGGCUCACUAUCGACCUACUACAGUGGCGUGCGUCCUAGUGGCUAUGACCCAAUGGAGAAGGAGGGGGCCAUCAUUCUAGGUAUCGGUGGUGAUAACAGCGUCGGAGGCCAGGGCACGUUCUACGAGGGCGUGGUGACUUAUGGCUAUCCUUCAGAUGACACCGAGAAAUCGGUGCAGGCGAACAUUGUAGCUGCCAAGUAUACAACUGCAUCCCUGACUGGCGGACCGGCGAUAACUGUCGGAGACUCAAUCUCGUUCCGGGUCACGACGUCUGGCUAUACGACGCGUUACAUCGCCCAUACCGAUUCUACAGUGAAUACCCAGGUGGUCACCUCGUCCAGCACAACCACCCUUAAAGAGCAGGCCAGCUGGACGGUUCAAACAGGCCUUGGCAAUAGCCUCUGCUAUUCGUUUGAGUCUGUCGACACACCUGGUAGCUAUAUUCGGCACAAUGGUUUCGUGCUUUAUUUAGAUGCCAACGAUGACACCAAACUAUUUUACGAAGACGCCACGUUCUGUCCGCAGGCUGCCCUCAACGGCGAGGGCAACUCGAUCCGAUCCUGGAGCUAUCCCACCCGCUAUUUCCGCCACUUUGAGAACGAGCUCUAUGCUGCAAGCAACGGCGGUAUCCAUACAUUCGAUUCUGCAACCUCAUUUAACGAUGAUGUGAGCUUUGAGAUUAUCACCGGCUUUGCUUAG